GUGUUUUCCCAGGGCAUGUUCGCGGCAUGCUCUCGCGGCUCCAGCCUCCGGGCCGGAAUGGCUGCCGAUGAAGACCGUGGUAUAACCCGCUGUGCGCAGGCGCGCGGCGGGCGAGGAGGGGGCGCGAGGGGCGGGGCUGCAGCCGCCUGGGCUGUUCCAACGAGCGCGCGCCGCCCCCGCCGCGCCCCGCGCCGCCCUUGCUAGCAGGCGCCUCCCGCCCCCUGCAUUGCUGAUGCUGCUGCUGGCAGACAUGGACGUGGUGAAUCAGCUGGUGGCUGGGGGUCAGUUCCGGGUGGUCAAGGAGCCCCUCGGCUUUGUGAAGGUGCUGCAAUGGGUCUUCGCCAUCUUCGCCUUUGCCACAUGCGGCAGCUACAGUGGGGAGCUCCAGCUGAGCGUGGAUUGUGCCAACAAGACCGAGAGUGACCUCAGCAUCGAGGUCGAGUUCGAGUACCCCUUCAGGCUGCACCAAGUGUACUUUGAUGCACCCACCUGCCGAGGGGGCACCACCAAGGUCUUCUUAGUUGGGGACUACUCCUCGUCAGCCGAAUUCUUUGUCACCGUGGCCGUGUUUGCCUUCCUCUACUCCAUGGGGGCUCUGGCCACCUACAUCUUCCUGCAGAACAAGUACCGAGAGAACAACAAAGGCCCCAUGAUGGACUUUCUGGCCACGGCUGUCUUCGCCUUCAUGUGGCUAGUUAGCUCAUCAGCAUGGGCCAAGGGGCUGUCAGACGUGAAGAUGGCCACAGACCCAGAGAACAUUAUCAAGGAGAUGCCUGUCUGCCGCCAGACAGGGAACACAUGCAAGGAGCUGAGAGAUCCUGUGACCUCGGGACUCAACACCUCAGUGGUGUUCGGCUUCCUGAACCUGGUGCUCUGGGUCGGCAACCUGUGGUUCGUGUUUAAGGAAACAGGCUGGGCAGCGCCGUUCCUGCGCGCGCCUCCCGGCGCCCCGGAGAAACAACCAGCACCCGGGGACGCCUACGGCGAUGCGGGCUACGGGCAGGGCCCCGGCGGGUAUGGGCCCCAGGAUUCCUACGGGCCCCAGGGCGGCUACCAGCCCGACUACGGGCAACCAGCCGGCAGCGGUGGCGGUGGCUACGGGCCUCAGGGCGACUAUGGGCAACAAGGCUACGGCCCGCAGGGUGCGCCCACCUCCUUCUCCAAUCAAAUGUAGUCUGGUCAGUGCAGCCCGGGAGGACCCCAUGGGGGGGCAAGAGCUCAGGAGAAGGCCUGCCCCCUUCCCACCCGUACACCCUAGGUCUCCACCCCUCAAGCCAGGAGACCCUAACUGUCUUUGCUGUUUAUAUAUAUAUAUAUAUUAUAUAAAUAUCUAUUUAUCUGUCUGAGCCCUGCCCUCACUCCCCUCCCCUCAUGCACUAGGUGCCCAGUCUUGAGUGGACCUCUCUCUUACCCCUGUCCCUUUCCCUGCAUCCCUUGGCCCCUCUCUGUUUACCCUCCCUGUCCCCUGAGGUUAGGGGGAUCUGAAAGGUGAACAGGGAGGGGACAGACCUUGGCUUUGUGGGGAGGGUGGGCUUGGCUUCAGACUCUCCUCUCUGUCCCUCCCCUCCUCCCAACUCUGGCCUUGGUUCCUUCAGCAACGCCUGCCUGAACAGAGGCCAUUAGGGAAAUCCACUCCAGGGUGAGAGAAAGGCAGAGAUUGGGGGGGCUUGGGGUAGAGAGGGCAGUUUAGGACCCAAGGUGGUCUUGGAGAGGAGCUGUGGAGUGGAGGAGUCAGCAGCGGGGUUAGGUUCCAGAUAUAGUGGAUCUGGAGUCUUAAGGAGAGGAGUGCGCUGGAGUAUUCUGGGGUGGGGCUUGGAAGGAUGCUGAGGGCAGGGUUCUAAAAGUGGCAGGGCUUUAAGCGAGGCAGAAUGGUGGACUCCAGAGUGAGUAGGUGAGUCUUGGAUUGGGACCAGAGCCUAUGGAAAGGGUGUGGCUUGGAACAUUUGGGAGACUGAGCUUGAUUCUAAAGGGGACAGGUCUUGAGCAAAGCAAGAAGUGGGAUUCAGGAAUGAGCCGUUUGGGAUGAGAUCCUCGACAGGGUUCCAGACAGGGCUUAGAGUGGGGCUUGCAUGGUGGUUUCAGAAAGGGCAGCCCCUCCCCAUGGUGCAGUGAAGAAAAUGUUGUACAGUGGCCAGGUCUGGACAGUGGAGGGGGGCUUGGAUAGGAGCUUCCAGGUGGGUUUUGUUAGGGGUUGGGGAGAAUGGCUCUGGCUACAGCUUGGGACCGAGAUGGCCUGAGAAGAGCCGAGUGAUAUGGCUUGUAGGGUGAGGCAUGGGAUCCAGAGAGAAGCACCCCACCACCCUUCCCCACUCCCGUGAUGAAACAGCCAGAUAAUCAGAGGACAGAACCAACGGGUCUGUGGGGCUGGCCCGCCCCUCUUCCCCCUUCCCCUGCCCCUCCCUCCCUCCACACCUCCACGCAUCCUGGGGUGGUUGGAGGCCCGGUCUGGAGCCCCUAUCCUGCACCCUUUGCUGUGUCUGUGAUGUCAGUAGUGCCUGUGAUCGUGUGUUGCCAUUUUGUCUGGCUGUGGCCCCUCCCUCUCCCCUCCAGACCCCUACCCUUUCCGGAGCACUUCGGUAUUGUUUGAAGAUCCCCCCUCCCCAAGGAAGAACAAAUAUGAUUCUCCUCUCCCAAAUAAACUCCUUAACCACCUAGUCCACCCA